UACCAAAACAACUGCGCUUGCGCAGAACAUUCGAUUACUAUAUACCUACCCAAUUUGCUUUUGAAAAGUAUAUCGAGCGCACAUAUUUUGUACAAGGGAUAUUUUUUUAAUGAAAAACUCUAUUUAAAGGGCAAUAAAAUAAUUACAAGUGAAGUCGUGAAGUGUUCAGUGCGCUAAAACAUAAAGCAACCUUAGCUGCUUUAAUCUUAAGUGCAUUACAUAGUAAUGCGGGACCUUGCGAAUAAGAUGGCAGAGCUCAAGUUUGAGGCCCCACUUGCUCAAUGCGAGGAAACUGAUGAGUGGGGUCCAGCAGAAUAUCAUACAUCCAACUCCAAUAUCACAAAAAAAUCUGCCAUCAAUAAUGCCGUAAACUUGAAUAAUAUUCAAGACUCUAUUAAGAUGAAGGCAGAAAUCAACGAAAGUGAAGUGCAUGAAGUGAACUAUAACACAUUAAAAACUGCCGUGAAGAGUUCUAAUGGAAAUAACAUCACUCUAAAUAAUGUGGAUAUGAACAACAAAAUCAAUAUUAUGAAGGAUAAUGUCGACAAUUUUGCAGAAGGGUUCACGGGUAGCCUGGAAGAUCUAGUCAAUACGUUUGAUGAAAAGAUAACAAAAUGUUUUGGAAAUUACGAACAAUCCGUAGAAGAAUUAGCUCCAGUUCAAGUCAGAUCGCAAGACGAAAUUAUGAGCGAAUGCCAGAUGUGGUGGACUAUAACCGGUAAUUUCGGAAAUAUAUUACCAAUAGAUUGGUCAAAAACAUACGCAAGGCAAAUGCAUGUACCUACUUUGAAGCUGGCGUCAUCAUCCGACCGAACAAACUACAAUGACAUUCAAGAUCUCAGUUCCGAAGAUGAGGCAGUUGCAAAUGAUUUGGAUAUGCACGCUUUAAUACUGGGAGGCCUUCAUACCGACAAUGACCCCAUCAAAACAGCGGAAGAAGUCAUUAAAGAGAUUGAUGAUAUCAUGGAUGAAAGCGCCUCUGAAGAUGGCAUUGUUGGUAAUGAAAUAAUGGAAAAAGCCAAAGAAGUUCUUGGAUCACCGUUAUACGAGGAAAAACUACGAUCUCUAACGAUUACUCAAUUAAAUGAGCUCUAUAUGGAAAUGGAAGUUUUAAUUAGAGAAUUCUCUGAAACUCUUAUAUCGGAGCUGGCUUUAAGAGAUGAAUUGGAGUACGAGAAGGAACUGAAGAAUACGUUCAUUUCUUUGCUGUUGGCUGUACAAAAUCGUCGUCGUCAGUUCCAUGUCGAAAGGAAGAAGGGGAAAUCUCAAAGUAAGCCGAUGAUGAUCGCAAGUAAUGGAACGGAACCAAAGUAUCUUACUACUGUUAUACCGUACAACCUGGACACAGCACCAGAUAAUCAAACCCUGCAAAUUCUCAUUAAAAUAUUGAAAGCCAUAAACGAAGAUAGUCCGACCGUCCCGACUCUUCUUACCGACUACAUUUUGAAAGUGUUAUGUCCUACAUAGACAGGAAUAAUUCAUUCAGCUUCAAAUACUCUUACUCGCGGAUAACAAUUAAGCUGCUACCUAGAACGCACGUUUACAAGCUUUGUUCUUGAUGUCAUGUGAAGACACAAUGAAAUAUUACGACAGAUAUGUAAUAAGAAUAAUAUGCACCUAAAAUAAUUAUUUUAAAUUUCGUAACGGUGGUUCAAAGCUUAGUGGAAAUGAAUAAAGUAAAAUUAUUAACCAACUCCGCUAAUAAUACAAUA